AUGGACGGCCCUCCGCCUCCGCCACCACCGCACGGCGCCAACCCAAACACGACAGAAGGGACUCCCAAGUAUCGCAAAUCAACCGACCUGCCCGACGGUCCGUACGACAUCUUUGUCGUCCCUCCGCACUCUGCCGGCUCGGGCUUUAUUUACUUGCCGUCGCUGCAAUGCCAUCGCAACAGCUUCAUUGCCGGCUCGCUGUCCACUCUGCUCGUCGUGGCCAUAUGGGUUAUCAUCCAGCCCACGGUCAAGGUCUGGAUGGCCACGACUAAUGCCACCGGUGGCAUGGGCGUUGUUCUGCUAGUGGUAGCAGUUGGAUUUUGCGGUUGGUACUUUGGCACCAUGCAAAGCGACGCAGGUGGCGGUCACACAGGAAACAGACCACGGCCUGGCAGUGGGUUUGGUGGCUCAGGAUACCAAUACGCCAACAACAACAACAACAACGCACAUCAGGGCCAAAACGGGGCAUUCCCUGGAGGAGGCCCCCAGCCGGGUCCUCAGUAUAAUAAUACUGGCGGUCACUUCAAUGCGGGAGGCCCGCCACCGCAAUCACCACCGCAUCAACACGCCCAUCAAAACACUCAGCAAAACACCAAUACAAACCCCCCACCCAAGGAAGACCCCAAAAAGGCCGAGGCCGAAUGGGAGAGAGCGCGCGAGGAGACAAAGCGCAAAGAAGAGCUCAAGCGCAAAAUGGAAGCCUUCCGGAGAAAGAGAGAAGAAGAAGAGGCGCAGAAGCGGCGCCAACAGGAGCGCGAGGCCAUGGAGAAAGAGCUCAAGGAGCGCAAAGAGCAGCUUGAAAGGGAGGCCGCCGCAGCCAAAGCAGCUGCUGAACGCGAAGUGCGCGAGAGGGCGGAACGCGAAGCCGCCGAGAAAGAAGAGCGCGCGCGGAAGGAGGCGGCGGAGCGGGAGGAGCGGGCCAAGAAGGAAGCCGCCGAGAAAGAGGAGCGGGCCAGGAAGGAAGCCGCCGAGAAAGAAGCAGCGGCCAAGGAAGCCGCGAAGAAGGAGGCAGCUAAACGCUUUGCUGCUGCCAAGGAGUCCGCUGCUAAGAAGUUUGCCGAGGCCAAGGAGAAAGCUGCGAGGGAGAAAGCCGCCUCCGCUGCCGCCUCGACCUUUUCCGCUCCCAAUCCCGCUCCUGCCCCGGCCUCCGCCCCUUCUGCUGCUCCGCCGCGGACGACGGCCUCCUCGCCGCAGAAGCCUCCUCCAAGGCCCACGGCCAGGACUGCUACCAACAACAACGACGACGACGCCUACUCGUUCCGCCCGUACGACAGGCCCCGGCGACCAUAUGGCGGCACGUCGGCGCCCUCGGUCUACUCCGAGUCUUCUUCCUAUGCGCCCUCGCAGUCAACCGCCCGAACCACCCCUCCUCCGUCUCACUCUCACCACGGGCCCUACACCACCAAGGAUCCCAAAAAGGUCGUCAUCCACGGCGUGUACGCUUUCAACAAUGCCUUUCAAAAGACCCCUAUCGCACAGCUGGUGUCUGGGCAGCGCCCGGUCACCGACGGCCUGGUCUUGCGCAUCUCGACCGAAGGAUGGUUUGUAGAUGAUGACGUGCGCGGAGUUGCGCAGAGAGAAUGGGAUGCAAAGGCAUGGACGAUGAAGAUAAUCGAGAGCGUUGAAAUCCAAGAGUUCCACGUCGUCCGCGCCAGUCUCCGUGACCAAGAGGGCAAGAAAUUCGUCUUUGUUCUGGACAACUCCGAGGCCUGGAAGGUGACGCAGGGUCUGCAGCGACUCCGAGCCGGUUCUCAAGCACGAGCAUUGAAUGUGUCCAAGCUGCCUGUCAGCGAGGGCAAAACACUGCUUAGCAAUCUUGGCUUCAUCUAA